AUGCCUUUAUUCGGAUCGAAUGAUGCCUAUACAAGAGGUCAUGCUGGUUUUUGGUCGAGUUUUUUAACAACCCGAGUCGGAAGAUCAAGAAUUAUUAGUGAUACACAAUUGAAGAUUGAAAAUACUUGUGCUUUGUGGUUUUUAAAGAUAAUAUUUGCAAUUUUUCUAGUUGCAGCUCCAUUGACUUUGUUUUACGCAGAAAAUGAAGCAAUUCUUAUGCAACAUGCUUUUUUAGAAGUUGCAAGAUCCACCCGAACCAUUGUUGAUCCUAUCAACUCGAAACCAAGAUCAGAAAAUAAUAAUCAAUUAGUUUUCUUCCAUGUUCCUUCACACAAUAUUCGAACUGAACGCCCAGUUCAAGAUCCAGAUUUUGGAUUGACAUUUAACGGUGCUUUUGAAGUGACACGAAAGACAGAAUAUUGUCAAUGGAUUGAAAGUCACCACGAUGAGGAGAAGACUCGCUCUGAUGGCUCCAAAUAUACCGUAAGAACCUAUUAUUACAACCGAGGAUGGGUAGAUCACUUGAUACCAAGUCUGUUCUUUGAUCAACCAGUGGCUCAUCAUAAUCCUCAAAGAGAUCCAUUUCCAUCCGUCACACAAAAAGUUGAAGGCGUCACUCUUGGAAAAUUCCACAUUGGAAAGAAUUUGGUUGAAAAGAAUCAAAUUCCUGCCAGAACCAUUAAAUUUUCACCUGAGGAAUUAAGAAAGAUUACAAAUACUCCUGCAAAUAGUGCCCAUAAUUUCAAGUAUAUAGGAGAUGGAUAUUUCUUCUCUGCCUAUGAGCCAUCCACUGCUGAGAAGGCACUUAAAAUCGCCCUUGGAUUUUUGGAAGGCUCAUUAUUUGACUGGCAAGUUGGAGAUUUAUUUUCAAAUUGUCAACCUGGUGACAUUCGUGUGAGCUUUAUUCACAAGAAGCCAGAUGUUAAUAAGGGAGUUUCUGUUAUUGCACGCCAGGCAAGCACCAAUGGAGAACUUGAACUUUUCAAAGCUUCCAAUGGAUAUCAUGUUGGUGUCGUUCAUGAAGGAUACUACCACUCACCACAAGAAAUGUUCAAUCAAGAAAUUGAAUUCUAUCGAUGGUCUCUAUCAGGUCUUCUCGGAGCAAGAAUUCUCAUUGUCGUAUGGGCUAUCACUGUUUCAUUGGUCUUACUUGGAGAUUAUGUUGGAAGUGCUUCGGAUUUAUUCCUCUCCACGACCAUGCUCUCCUCCUUAAUGAUCGGUUUAGUUUGGCUUUCAUUAUUCUUUUCACAUGGCGGUGAGAGUUUCAUGUCAGCACUUUUAUGUUUAGGAGCUUCGGCAUUGAUUGGAUAUGUGUUACAAACAUCAACCUUAAAUAAGCAACAACAACAACAGCAACCACAUCAGGCACGGAACGAUUCAUCCCAAUUCAAGAAGAAUUAA